UAUCCCGUUUGACAAACUUCCAUAAUUAGAUCAGUAUUUAACAAAAAUAACGAUGGUACACGUGGCACUAUCGUUGGAACAUAACAAAAAAAUUAGCACUCUUUUUUCGCGUAUGCCACCAGGCAGAUCCCUUACAAACUGUAUGCCAAUGAUUUUCAUAAUGAAUCUCAUCGUAAUGGAUGAUAUAUUAAAAGAGCUUACAUGUAACUAUCAUUGUCAUACAUGUGCAAUUAAUACACAGCCAUAGGUACAGGUGUGAAAUUAAUAAGACCUUCGGAAACCGUAUGCCCUUUGGAAAUUGUGCACUUUAUGCCAAAAACCAUUGAAUUUCGAAUAGGCAUACGUGUAACUAUCAUUUACAAAUGCAAUAUUUAUUUACACUUUUAAGGGCGUCACCCGAUCCUUCGGUUUCACUCUGCUCGUAUGCCGACCGUUUUCCGAUUAAUUGUUGUUGCUAAAAUACCGUUUAGUAUGCUCGGCAUACAUGUAAAUUUUUUUGCAAUUAACAAUUACCUUUAACGGUGCAUGUUCCACGGUUACCGGCUAAUUGCACUUGUUCAUUGGUCAGCAUGCGCAUAACUAACGAUACUUUGAAGGGCAUACGUGCAGAAAUCAUUCGGUUUUUUUUGCAGCGGGCUGACGGCCUGAAAGAAUCUUAAACAAUUCUUAGUUUACCUUUUUUAGUGCAAUAUUCAGUUACAUUAAGAUAAUGGAUAAUACAAUAAACUUGCCAUAUUUUUAAAUUGUUUCAAAAUGGAUGUCGUGAAUAUUUAAUGAAUUUAUUGAUUACCUAUCCAUUAGAGUUUUAACAAUUAGAGUAGCAGCAACUGUCCCCGUGGUUCUAUUGCAGCAAAUAUGGCCAUAGAACACCGCCACGAAAAUGAAAUUAACCAAUAUCUACUAUUUAAACUGUCAAAUAUUGCUGGUGUAAUACCAUGGUACGAUUUUAAAAAACAAAAAUUGUCCUAUGAAAGUCUGUACAAGUUAUAUGGAAUACUAUUGGCAGUUUUUGUGUUGGUGACGACACUUAUUUGCUUUUACAAUAUUCGCCAAGAUGUUGCUUUUAAUUCUCCACUUUUGAAUGGGUUAAAAGUUCUGGGAGAGGCAACAUCUUUGCUCUUAUUUUUGCUAAUUGUCUCAGGUUCUUCAUUUUGGAAUAUGAAGUCCUGGGAGCAGUUCAUUAAUCUCUUACCUCACACAGAUUGUCGGCUUAAAUGUAACAGAAAAUAUUUUCUAAAUAUCCCAUUUGUAGCUGCUAUUGCAGGAUGUAUUCACCCAUUUAUUGUUUAUGGAUUUGCGUUAGAAGCUGGGGAGAUCAUUUUAGCUCAGCACAUGUUGGUAAUUCAUUUUACAAGGCAUAUAAUGAUCUGUCUUAUGUACCACGUCAUCAGUUUACUCAGGAAUAUGUAUGAUACUGUUAAUAAAUCCCUUGUGAGGAUUAAACUUUGUGCUGUAAUUAACUCAAGCACAAUUGAAGAUUUGCAAGAACUCCAAACAAUCUAUGUGGAAGCUGACAAAAUUGUAUGCACUUUUAAUAUAGUUUUUGGCUGGCCCUUAUUACUACUUUUUACCCAAACUGUUGCAAGCAUGCUAUUGAUUUUAUCCACGUUUACAGAAAAUGGUUUAAAUAUUCGUUUAAAGGAAAUUUUAACUGAAAAAAUUAUAUUGAUGACUUUGUUCCAUACCGUUGCUAUGGUGUGUGGUCCUGUAGUGAUAACUUUCAGCUGCGAUGCAGUAGUCAACAAAGCGAAUAUGCUCUUGAAGAUGUGCAGCAAACUAUGUGAGGAUUUGCCGUUGUUGGUCAGAGAAAAAGAAGAACUGGCAAGAUUACACGACAUAAUCCAAAGCAAAAAGCCCAAGUUUUCAGUAUUAAGCUUGUUCGAAAUAAGGCGAUCUACUUUACUAUCACUUAUUAGUGUCACAACGACAUACAUGAUUGUCAUACUACAAUAUAACUAUUUGUAGACAUACUUAUAGACAAAAAAUAUUAUUUAUCUUAAAUAAUUAUUAUCUACUGUUUUACUAACACUAAUAAUUAAUGAAAAUUCCGAUGCAAUUAGAUAAUGUUUUUAUGCACCUAUUUUGAAAUG